UUUUUUAUACAAAAGUUUUAAUGUGACUUAAAAUGAAAUCCAAUACGUCUUACAUAAUAAAAGUGUUGAUUUUAAUUGCAAUUUACUGUAAUUCAGUAAAUGCUGUUAAAUUAAAAGGAGUUACAGUGGAAGUCACGCCUUAUGUCUAUGUAAUGAAUAAUGAAUUUUACGGCUAUUGUGUGGAUGUUAUGAAUGCAAUCGCAGAGAUAUCGGGCUUUAACUAUAGCUUAUACAGAGCUCCCGAUGGAAAACACGGUGAAGUGUCGCCCACCGGUGCUAUCAAUGGCAUCAUGAAUGAGGUUUACUAUGGAGCGGCCGACUUUGGUUUGGCUUCGUUGACGGUAUCGGAGUCGCGGAAACGAUACGUGGAUUUCAGUAAACCUAUUAUGAACUUAAGUGUGUCGGCACUGAUCCACACGACAAACGCCGAGUACAUCGAGACGUUCCGCGAUCUUCCCCGACAGACACGCAUCACA